GUGUGAGACGGUAAGGUUGAAAGGUGCAUCCUCGGCCGUACAGGUAAUCUUGACAACGAAAAUUCAACAGUUCACAUCGCACUCCCGCGGCACACCUACAGAUCGGAUGUACUAUCUAUCCAGUUCUUGGUCACAAGUCGAGGUACAAGGUACAUGAGGAGCCGGAUACAUAAGGAAGGAAGUGGAUCCGCACUUUAACGGGCCUCUGACAUGAUGGCGUUUACAUCACGUCCUCAACAACUUUUUGCAAUACGGCGAUAUUGGGUCACUUGAUACGAGUAGCGAGACAAAGUAACCUCAAUGACAACCGACUCACAUAAAGUGAAAGCAAUUUACAGCCCAGGCAGCAAACAAAACGGACGGUGUGAAGCUUGGCGCUCACACAAGAGAUCACAAUGUCCGAACAACUAGCCGACGAGCUCGAGGCCAUCAACUCCAUCUACGGCGACGGCACCCUCUCCCCAUCCGACGACUCACCCUCCACUUACAUCCUGACUCUCCCCGGCGAAAUCACCUCAUCCACCCUGCGUCUUCAGUUCCCCCCAGCCUACCCCGAUGAACCACCCGUCGUUCUCGGUACCCACUCCUCCGGCGAGCACGCUAAGCGCGGCGCCGCCGCUCGAGACCUGGCUCUGUUCCGCGACGCAGUCGGCGAGGUGUACGAGCCGGGCCAAGUCUGUCUGUUUGAUGCCAUUGAGCAAGUGAAGGAACUCAUAGCCGCAGUCACCACGGCGGAGAAGGAGGAUGAGGAGGAGGAGGAGGACGUGGAGGAAGGAAACGGAAAGAGGGUAUCCUCAUAUGACGCAACAGCAGCAACUCAUGAUACACAGACAGGAGGCGGAGGAGGAGGAGGAGGAGAUCUCCUUGGCCCCGAACCUCCCUGGACGCUCUCCCUCCCCAUGAUCGAACUCAAAUCGACCUUCAUCGCCCGCUGCGCGCCAGUCGCCUCUCCGCAACAGGCGGCGCAGUACCUGCAACACCUGCUGGCGUCGGACAAGCGUGUGCGGGCGGCUACGCACAACAUCACGGCGUGGCGGAUCCGCGGGCCGAACGGCACUUCGUUCCAGGAUUGCGACGACGACGGGGAGACGGCGGCGGGCGGCAGGCUGCUACAUUUGAUGCAGCUGAUGGACCUGUGGGACACCAUGGUCGUGGUGACGCGGUGGUAUGGAGGCCAAAAGCUGGGGCCGAGGAGGUUCGCGCUGAUUAACGGCGCGGCGAGGGAUGCGUUUGUUAGGGCGGGGUUGGUGGACGAGGAGAACAAGCAGGAAGGGAAGAAGAAGAAGGGUGGGAAAUGAGUGGGCUGGUGAUAGUCUCAAGAUUGCCCAGCUUUGAUUGCUGACAGUAACUACACAGCAAGAAUAUUGAGAAAAAGACUUCUCGAAGGCCUAUUCUGCAGAUACCAAGAUGAAUUCAUUCGCUACAUCGCAGCCAAAACACCACGCAGCUCCGUCCAACCAUGCAACUUUCUCCA